UUUCCUUUCAACAAAGUUGAUUUCAGACAUUUUUCAAAUAAGGAAAAAUAUCGGUACCAAGCUACAUAUGUUCCCAAACACACUAAGCUGUUUUUUCCGUUGAGAGACAUUACUAUCCACAACAAAUCAACCGCGGAGUUUGAAUAGUAACGGCAGAUAGCACUUAGCAAGCUAACAUUAGCUGCUGUCUAACGUCAACAUCCGCUAAUGGGAGAUUAGUCGGAACUAAUUAGCAUUUCUUAUUUAUAUUACAACCGUAUUCAAGAUAUUAUAGAUUUUACUUGUAUUUUUUUAGCUCGUAAAUCUCUUGCUAAGUAAUGUAGACCGUUUUAAUUCUAAUGAAAAGACGGAACUUGUAAACUGGGGUCAGCUGUUUCAAAAGGGACCUCAAAGGGUGAAGAUCAUUUGAGGAGGUCAGCGUCAGCAAAUCUAGCGGCCUGCUCGGAGGAAACGUUUGACCUCACCCCCGCAGCUCCAUAAUGUCCGACAUUUCGCUCAACCUGAGCUACGCUGGUGGUGGAGCCGCACGGAGGAGACCGCCGCGAGGAAACCGAGGGGGUCACAAGCGGUUUCCCAACAGGACGCAUCAGAGGAGCUUCCCGGGACGCGGCCACGCCCACAGAGACGCGCGGCCCGAGCACGGCGCUCCUCCGCGUCAAAACGGCGCGUUCGCGCAACUGGUGAGUUCCCCCGGCGGCGCGCUCUGUGGUCACAGAGCGCCAUCGUCUGCACGCCAGCCACCGGCCCCGAUCGCAGGCAGCAGAGGCUGCGGCGCCAAGCCGGGCGAGCCGGCGGAGAGAAGACCGGCGCCCGCCGCUGCCCACCGGCCCUCGCCGGCGGAAAGCCACAGAGCCGCCGCGCAGACGUCGGCGCGGAUCCCCACCAAGUACCUGGCUCUGGACUGUGAGAUGGUGGGCACGGGGCCAAAGGGCAGCAUCAGCAAGCUGGCCCGCUGCAGCCUGGUGUCCUACGACGGAGACGUGGUCUACGAUAAGUUCAUCAACCCCCCCGUGCCCGUCACCGACUACCGCACCCGGUGGAGCGGCAUCCGGCGCAGCGACCUCGUCAACGCCGCGCCGUACUCGGAGGCCCGGAAGGAGCAGAUCCUGAGGCUGCUCAUGGGGAAGGUGGUGAUCGGACACGCCGUCCACAACGACUUCAAUGUCCUCGGCUACUCGCACCCGGCGGCGCUGACCAGAGACACGUCUCGGAUCCCCCUCCUCAACCAGAGGGCCGGCUUCGCCGCGACCGAGUGCGCGUCGCUGAAGAGACUCACCAAGGCCAUCUUCAACCGAGACAUCCAGACCGGGAAGAAGGGCCAUUCUUCUGUGGAGGACGCCAGAGCCACGAUGGAGCUUUACAAAGUGGUGGAGGAGGAGUGGGAGAGGACGCUGGCCUCCUCCAGGUCUCAAUAAACUGGGUGUGAAUGAACGUUUUCGAAUGAACUGUGUGGUUUGGAGCCGACGGAUCUUCGCCCUCCGCUGUCCACUCGACGAGAGGAUGAAGAAACCAAGAAGCGGUUGUUUCUCAGGGUUUGUGUCUAAAGGUGCUCCUGCCACCAGGGGGCAGUCAUGUCUUAGUCCCAUCAGCAAAUCCACGCCAUGAACACCCAAAAAGUGAAAUCUGCUCUUAGUCUGAAGUUCACAGAACAAGCUCCCUUGUUAGUUUAGAUUAUUUAUAGUGUUGAUCCCUUUAAAGUGAAGCAUUUAGACAAAAUGCUGCUUUGAUCCACCAAUGAUCUUCUUCAGGGAACUUUCCAGGUUUAAAAAAUAAUGCUCUGUCCUAUAUUGGGCUUUUAUGGAUGUUCUUACUAUUUCAUCCUUUACAGACACUUGAAUGUCUUUCCCCAUGUCAAUCAUUUUUUUAAAAGGCGAUAAAGUGCCAGAAUAGACUAAAACCGAUGAUGGAUAAUGAAGGCAGCGUGGAGCCAAGUAGUUGUAACAAGUGAUCAAAUGUUCCCACCCAGAUGGGAAGAGUCCCGGUAAUUAUCCUUUAGAACUAUUUGAACAGAAAGGUCAACUGGUAAGUUGGUUUAAUGAGACUUUUUACACUCAGUUAAGGUUGAAACAGAAGUGCUUUCCUUCUGAGUUUGUGCAGUUUCCUAGAGGUGUAAACUCAGGUCGGUGCUCCGGUCCAAAUAAAUCACUACCACACACCACCUCGUCUGAGCAGGACUCGUGUCCCUGGAUCUGAUGAACCGGCCGAACUGAAAUCAGGGAUUUAAGUCUUUUCUGUGUAUUUUCUUGUUGCUGAAGGUGUUUGGUCAUGUUCACAUUAAUAGAGACCGAGAAUAUCUUAAGUGCAAAGUUCCUCUGGUUGAAGGGGAGAGGGGUUACAUAAGGUGUGCUGUCAAAUCCUCCAAAACCAGAUUGUUUACCUCACAUCGUUGCUGAUGGUUUACUACACACUUUAAACUGUAUUUGGUUUGAUUUGGGCAAAGUUCCUUCUUUAAAAAAAAAAAAAAA